AUGUCCUUGGGAAAGGUAUGCAUUUAUGCUGAUGAUCCGGGCAACGCCUAUCCGCUCUACGCCACCACACCGGUCCCGCCGAAGAAACCCGGGACCGUGCGCAUUUGGGUUGACGGCUGCUUUGACAUGCUGCACUUUGGACACGCCAAUGCGCUUCGCCAGGCGGCAGCCCUCGGCGACGAGUUGUUCGUCGGCUGCCACUCGGACGCGGAGAUAACCCACUACAAGGGACCCCCGAUUAUGCGGGAGGAAGAGCGUUACGAGGCGCUGCGUGCGUGCAAGUGGGUCGACUUCGUGGUGGAGGGGUAUCCGUAUGUGACGCGGCUUGCGGACAUGGACCGCCUAGAGGUUGACUACGUUGUACACGGCGAUGAUAUUUCUGUGGACCUUAACGGUCGUAAUUCGUAUCAAGAGAUCAUCGAUGCCGGACGCUUCAAAGUUGUAAAGAGAACAGAGUGUAUCUCCACCACGGAUAUUGUGGGGCGAAUGCUGCUUUGCAAUCCCUGUGGCCUAUUGACAGCGGCGGAGAAGAAGCUGCUGGAAGAUGAGGCAGCGAAGCAUGUUGGCUUUCGUUACUUAACGACAUCGCGAAAAAUUGCUCAGUUUAGUAACAAUCGUUCUCCAAAACCCGGCGAUCGUAUCGUCUACGUGGAUGGAAGCUUCGAUUUGUUUCAUUAUGGCCAUAUCCGUGUCUUGCAAAGAGCACGUGAACUAGGCGACUACCUUAUUGCCGGCAUCCAAGACGAUGGUGUCAUUCGCAAGGCAAAGGGAAAAAAUUUUCCAAUUAUGAGCCUUAACGAGCGCGUUCUUGGCGUGCUGGCGUGCAGGUACGUGGAUGAGGUUGUUCUUGGUGCCCCCUACGAGGUGACGCGCGCAGUCAUUGACAGCCUCGGCAUCACCGCCGUUGUUGGGGGCAAGACGUGCGACGCGUACGAGUACGGGGAUGGACGCGACGCCUAUGCGGUGCCCAAAGAGUUGGGGUGCUUUCAUGAGGUGGAUUCCGGUUGCGACCUCACCACUCACGCCAUCAUUGAGCGUGUUGUCCAAAAUCAAGUGACUUUUCUCAAACGACAGGCCGCAAAGCGGCUGAAGGAUGCCACGGCCGCUAAAGAUCAACUGGGGCUGUACAAAAAUGUGAGAGAGGUGUAG